ACCACCGCCUCAAACGACCACAACUACUGCUCCAAAUUUUGCUUAUCAAAAAUGGCGUUUUCUUCCAUCCUCUACUCUCCAGUCCACUUCCCCCUCCGAGAGCCUCGCUCCCACUUCCCCCGCAGCCGCCAGCUCUCAGUGGCCGCCGCCCUUCCGCCCGCCGCCGACGUCGCGGCGGUGGCUGACGCCAUCGACGGCACCACCAUUGCCGUAAUCGGGGGCGGGUCCGUCGCGGCGCUGGCGGCGGUGCUCUCCCUGUCCGACCCCGAGAAGCGGCGGCAGAUGCAGGCGGAGGAGGUGGGCGGAGGCGACAAGGAGGUGGUGAGGGAGUAUUUCAACAACGACGGGUUCCAGCGGUGGCGGAGGAUUUACGGCGACGGCGACGAUGUCAAUAAGGUGCAGAGGGAUAUCAGGCUCGGCCACUCCAUGACUGUGGAGAAUGUGAUGAAGAUGUUGCUGGAUGAAGGGCCGUUGGCUGGCGUUACGGUGUGCGACGCUGGAUGUGGGACGGGCAGCUUGUCGAUUCCGCUCGCCAAGGAAGGGGCGGUCGUGGCAGCUAGUGAUAUCUCGGCCGCUAUGGUUGCUGAGGCUGAGAAACAGGCCCGAAACGAGCUUUUGAAAGGCAAAGAAGAGCUGCCCACCGGACUGGUCUUGCCAAGAUUUGAAGUGAGCGACUUGGAGAGCUUGAAUGGGAAGUAUGACACUGUUGUCUGUUUAGAUGUCUUGAUACACUACCCACAAAACAAGGCGGAUGCUAUGAUUGCUCAUCUCGCCUCUUUGGCUGAGAAGCGGUUGAUUCUAAGUUUUGCCCCUAAAACAUUCUACUAUGAUCUGUUGAAGAGGGUGGGGGAGUUGUUUCCCGGACCUUCAAAGGCUACGAGAGCAUAUCUUCACGCUGAGGCUGAUGUCGAGAGCGCGCUGCAAAAAGCUGGAUGGAGGAUACGGAAGAGGGGGCUAACCACUACGCAGUUCUACUUUUCCAGAAUUGUCGAGGCCAUCCCUGCAUAGCACAGAAAGUUAAGGUUAGAGACGCCCUCGACCUAUUCUAUUAUCUCUGGCAUCCAAAUCGUGUAUAGAGAUAGAUUGUGCAUCUCAAUCUUGUAAUGUGGUGGGGAAAUUUUGCUUGCUAACUUCGAGUUGUGCUUUAUGUGUAAAGGGUUGCCGUUUAUAACUAACUUGAGCGAUGCAUAUUGUCUGCACUAAGUUCUUGCCUUGUGCAUCGUUUCAAAUGUGUAUUUACAGUUUUACUCUAUUCGUGCAAAAUUCUAGUAAAUGUUUUCUUCUUCGA